GUGCAAGACGCCGGGAGGAGGAGAAGGAGAGGAGGCUGCGCGCCAUUGAUGGACGAAUAAUGUUUUUCCCCAUCCUGCCGUUGUGAAUUUUUAUUUUUCACUCUUCUGGGAGGAAGCUAGCCAGAUAAAAUGUCGAAGGACGAGGACAAAGGGAUCCCUGUGAAGGUGGCCCUGAGGUGUCGCCCACUUGUUCCUAAAGAGAUUGCGGAGGGAUGCCACGUGUGCUUGUCUUUUGUCCCUGGAGAACAGCAGGUAAUCCUAGGGAAGGACAAAUCUUUCACAUAUGAUUAUGUUUUUGACCCUUCUACUGAGCAAGAGGAAGUUUUUAACACUUGCAUCGUUCCCCUCAUAAAGGGAAUUUUUAAAGGAUACAAUGCCACUGUUUUGGCCUAUGGACAGACGGGGUCUGGGAAAACAUAUUCCAUGGGAGGAGCCUACAUAGCCAACCAAGAGAACGAUCCCAUCGUUGGAGUCAUCCCCCGAGUGAUAAAAUUUCUCUUCCAAAAAAUACAAGAGAAAACGGACUGGCACUUUUCCUUGAAAGUCUCUUAUUUAGAGAUCUACAAUGAAGACAUCUUGGAUCUCUUGUCGCCAGCCAAAGAUAAGACAUCUCAAAUCAGCAUUCGCGAAGAUCCCAAGGAAGGCAUAAAGAUCGUGGGACUGACAGCACAUGAGGUGACUAAUGCCCAAGAGACAGUCUCCUGCCUGGAGCAAGGAAAUAACUCCCGAACGGUUGCUGCCACAGCUAUAAACACCCAGUCGUCACGCUCUCAUGCCAUCUUCACCAUAUGCAUUGAGCAGAAAAGCAAGAGUGACAUGAACACCAGCUUUCACUGCAAACUGCAUCUGGUAGACCUGGCAGGUUCUGAAAGGCAGAAGAAGACCAAAGCAGAAGGGGAUCGACUCCGGGAAGGUAUCAAUAUUAAUAAAGGGCUUCUCUGCCUGGGGAAUGUCAUCAGUGCUCUUGGGGAUGGAACCAAGAAGGGCAGUUUUGUCCCUUAUAGGGAUUCCAAGCUAACCCGUCUGUUGCAAGAUUCCUUGGGAGGCAAUAGCCACACUUUGAUGAUUGCCUGCGUGAGUCCAGCUGAUUCUAAUCUGGUGGAGACGUUGAAUACCCUUCGCUAUGCUGACAGGGCCAGAAAAAUAAAGAACAAGCCAAUAGUGAAUAUUGACCCACAGGCUGAAGAGAUCAACCGGUUAAGAACGCAGGUUCAAGAGUUGCAGGUUUUAUUGCUACAGGCCCACGGAGGGACACUCCCAGUUUCUAUUGGGGAGCCCUCAGAAAGCUUGCAGUCUCUGAUGGAGAGGAACCACUCCCUUACAGAGGAGAAUGCAAAACCCAGCCGCAGCCUGAGCGAAGCAGCAAGUCAGAUUGCUCAGGUGUUGGAGAGUUGCAUUGCGGCGGAGCAGCAGAAUGAAAAGAUCAACGCCAAACUUGAGGAGCUGCAGCAGCACCCAAUGACAAAACUCAACCUGCAGAAGUUACUUGAGACUCUGGAGGACCAAGAACUAAAACAGCUGGUGGAAUUAUUUUGUCAGCUGCAGGAACUGAUUACUCGCUUGACGAAUGAAAAUGCUAAUGGUGAUGCUGACAUGGAUACAUCUGACCAGGAUUCUUGUUAUAAUAGUGCUGUUUCAGAAGCUGAUCUGGAAGCCCAACGAUCCUCUGAUGAGUAUGCGACCCAGCAUGCCCUUCACCAGGCUCAGAUGUCAAAAGAGCUGCUGGAGCACAAUAAAGCCCUGACUCUGAAGAAGGCCUUGGCGAGGAAGAUCUCUCAGAAUGACAGCCAGCUGGAGCCCAUACAGAGGCAAUACCAGAGCAACAUUAAGAAUUUGGAAGAAGUAGUUUCCAAACUGCAGAAGGAGAAAGAAGAGCUGAUCAUGGCACUUCACGUGUCCAAAAAGGAUGCCAACCAAGCAAAGCUGAGCGAGCAGCGUCGAAGGCGACUUCAGGACCUGGAAAGAGAAAUGACAGAUCUGAAGAAGAAACUGAAAGACCAGUCAAAGCUCCUGAAGAUGAAAGAAUCCAGUGAGCAGACAGUGCGCAAACUAAACCAAGAGAUCCGGAACGAUCUUGCGAAUGAAAUUGAGGUCCUUGUUAGUAUUGAAAAAGAUCAGCGCCACCUCAACGACCUUCUAGAAGACCGUAAAAAAUUGGCCAAGGAAAUCACAUCACUUAAAAAAAAGCAGGAGGCAGGGGAGAACCUUUCCGCAAAAAAAAAGAGGCGCACCUUCUCGCGCAGUGAUGCAGAUAUGAACUAUUCCCUCGCCAACCAAAUUCGGAGCCUGGAAACAGAGAUGGAGCUCAGGAGUGCCCAAAUUGCUGAUCUCCAACAGAAACUGCUGGAUGCCGACGCAGGAGACCGCACCAAGCAUCGCUGGUGCUUCCACACCCUCCCAGAAGCCAAUUGUGCGAUCAAGCACCUGAUUGGCGAGCUUACCUCCUCCAAAGUAGAGUAUAGCAAACUGGAGAACCGCCUCAAGCAGAGCAAAACCUCAUGCGCCAACCUGCACAAAAUGCUGACAGAGAAACAGAAAGUAGCCACCGAAAUGGAAGCAGAGUACAAAAGCCAGCUAGUCAAGAUGGAGCAGGAGCACCAAGAGAAGGUGCUGUACCUGCUCAGCCAGACCAACCAUAAAGAAGAAACAGAGAAACGGCUCCUCAAACAGCUCCAAUUCCAGAAUCAAGAACUGUCAAGGAUGAGAGAAGUCUUUGAGAAGAACCAAGCGCUCUCUGAAGAGCUUGAUGUUGCCAAACAGAAACUGCUGCUGCUUCAAGUGGCCAGUGGGCAGAAGAAGAUCCGGAGUAUGCAUCCCGCUCUGGCAGAUGAACCGGACUCCCCCUUCAACUUCAUCCUACCCAAGCCCAAGCCCCACAAGGGAACUCCCGCAAGGUCUACAUUUGCGAUGCCAGAGGAAGACUCAACAUCCGAUUCGGAGGAUUUGGGAGGAGACACUGAAGAUGAUGAGUGGGUCCCAGCCAAACUUGCCAAGAAGACUGCUUUGGGGUGCCGCUGCAAAGGCGGUUGCAGAAACAAGAAGUGUGGCUGCCGGAAGCAAAAAGUGACCUGUUCUGAGAACUGUCGCUGCAAGGCCGAGGAGUGCUGGAACCGAGGCAACUUUAUCUUGGUGUGUGGCGAUGCUAUUGCGGCCUACCUCUUUGGGGGGGAGGAUUCACCUGUCCUGCCUGUAGGAAUAUUUGGGAUCUAUAGCAAAGGUAACGGUGCUCCAUGCAGUCAUGCCAGCUACAUGACCUUGGAAGUGUCUACGGACAACGCCGGCUCUUCGGCUUAGAAAUGGAGAUGAGCACCAACCCCCAGAGUCAGACAUGACUGGACUUAACGUCAGGGGAAACCUUUACCUUUACCUAUAGCAGACUUAAACUUUCCCACUGGGGACCUCUUUUGGCCUGAGAAAUUUUUACGUGACCCCAGGUAUAUACUAUAUUUCCCAGAAAAUAUGAGUGAGUCUUAUUUUUGCUCCAAAAGAUGCACCAGGUCUUAUUUUCAGGAACUAUCAACACUGCACAACAAAUUCAUGUAAAUAUCUAAAAUAGCCACCAGGUGGCAUUCAGAAAAUACUUCAGGAUCCCAGCAUUGAGCUAAAGGGGGCCCAUUUGGGGUCGGGAUCCAGAGUUUUAAGAAGCAGUGGACUAAAGUGCAGUGUAGCUAGUGCUCUGUAUGAUUUUAUAGAAGGAAACAGUUGAGAAAAUAAUAUGGGAUGCUCUUGUAAGUAGAGCAAAGGGGAGUAAAAAAUUACUUCUGUUGUUGCAGGUGUACAUCUUGUAUAAAAAAGAGUACACAGACACAAGAGAGUUUGCUAACUUUGUUAGGAGAGUCUCUAAUGCUCUCAUGUUUGCAAGAGAGAGGCUUCAUGAGUCUCCCUUCUUAAACAAAUGGGUCUUAAAACACACUAAAGGCUUUUGGGAAAAGGAGGGAAGUGACUAUAGAGACCUUUUCAUUGAGAGCAGGCCUGCACCACAGGAUUCCCUCUGUCCUGAAUUGUUCUCUAGACAAGUGUUGAUGCUUCUUCACUUCUAAAAAGACGCUCUACCUGGAAGCUCUGCAGCUCCAAAUCACGAUGAUUGGGAUGAGAUUUCAUUUUCCAAGGAAAUAAAUUGCAGGGGGAAAUAUUAUGAAAAAUCAAUUAUUCCACAUGUGUUGUCAAAGGCUUUUAUGGCCGGGAUCACAGAGUUGUAUGUUUUCCGGGCUGUCUGGCCAUGUUCCAGAAGUAUUCUCUCCUGACA